AUGUUCUUAAAGAAGGAAGGAAGAUAUACACUAUCUAUCUAUCUACCUAUCUAUCUCUGUUCAGACCUAUCUAUCUAUCUAUCUAUCUAUAUCUGCUCAGAUCUCAUCUAUCUAUCUAUAUCUAUCAGAUCUAUCUAUCUAUCUAUAUCUGCUCAGAUCUAUCUAUCUAUCUAUCUAUCUAUAUCUGCUCAGAUCUAUCUAUCUAUCUAUCUAUCUAUAUCUGCUCAGAUCUAUCUAUCUAUCUAUCUAUCUAUAUCUGCUCAGAUCUAUCUAUCUAUCUAUCUAUCUAUAUCUGCUCAGAUCUAUCAUUCAUCUAUCUAUAUCUGCUCAGAUUAUCUAUCUAUCUAUCUAUCUAUAUCUGCUCAGAUCUAUCUAUCUAUCUAUCUAUCUAUAUCUGCUCAGAUCUAUCAUAUCUAUCUAUCUAUCUAUAUCUGCUCAGAUCUAUCUAUCUAUCUAUCUAUCUAUAUCUGCUCAGAUCUAUCUAUCUAUAUCUGCUCAGAUCUAUCUAUCUAUCUAUCUCUAUCUGCUCAGAUCUAUCUAUCUAUCUAUCUCUAUCUGCUCAGAUCUAUCUAUCUAUCUCUAUCUGCUCAGAUCUAUCUAUCUAUCUCUAUCUGCUCAGAUCUAUCUAUCUAUCUCUAUCUGCUCAGAUCUAUCUAUCUAUCUCUAUCUGCUCAGAUCUAUCUAUCUAUCUCAUCUGCUCAGAUCUAUCUAUCUAUCUCUAUCUGCUCAGAUCUAUCUAUCUAUCUCUAUCUGCUCAGAUCUAUCUAUCUAUCUCUAUCUGCUCAGAUCAUCUAUCUAUCUCUCAUCUGCUCAGAUCUAUCUAUCUAUCUCAUCUGCUCAGAUCUAUCUAUCUAUCUAUUCAUCUGCUCAGAUCAUUCUCAUCUAUCUAUCUCAUCUGCUCAGAUCUAUCAUCUAUCAUCUGCUGCUCAGAUCUAUCUAUCUAUCUAUCUCAUCUGCUCAUCUGCUCAGAUCUAUCUAUCUGCUCAGAUCUAUCUAUCUGUUCAUCUGUUCAUCUAUCUAUCUCUAUCUGCUCAGAUCUAUCUAUCUCUGCUCAGAUCUAUCUAUCUAUCUCUGCUCAGAUCUAUCUAUCUAUCUCUGCUCAGAUCUAUCUAUCUAUCUCUAUCUAUAUCUGCUCAGAUCUAUCUAUCUCUGCUCAGAUCUAUCUCUCAGUUCAGAUAUAUUGAUCUAUCUUGA